UACAUGCAGAUUGUUUGCCGUUGGUUUUCAAGUGAAGUUCGUCCUCUUGCCUACUGUUUACUUGGUAUAUGGCUGGUUUUUCUAUUCAUCACCCUUGGACUGACAGCAGAUGACUACCUCUGUCCAUCUUUAACAGUGAUUUCUAGAACUUUAGGAAUCAACCAGAACAUUGCAGGAGUUACAUUCCUUGCUUUUGGCAAUGGUGCUCCUGACAUCUUUAGUUCUCUGGCAGGUUUCACUCAGAACAGAGAUCAAAGUGGAAUGCAGCUUGUGAUACAAGCCCUCUUUGGUGCUGGUAUUUUUGUAACAACAGUGGUUGUUGGGGUAAUAUCAUUUAUCUCAAAUGACCUUACCCUGACAAACCGUCCUUUUACCAGGGACGUAUUAUUCUACUUGGGUGCUGUGUCAUGGGCUUUUAUUACCUUGUACAGGCAAGAAAUUACAAUGGCAGUGGCAAUAGGUUUCAUAGCACUUUAUGUUGUGUACAUCGCUGUGGUUAUUAUUGCACGCUACAUCUACCAGGGGUGGAAAAGGAAGGCAGUGCCAGUGGAAAUACAACCUGAUUCAAAGAUAGCAUCCAGAGGAGAAUUAUUUGACACAAGCAACUCAGCAGGAGCAAGAAGACAAUUGGAUACUGUGGGAGAUGCUAAUGAACACUCCAGCUGGGCUUCAAGUGUUAAUUCACAAAAAAAUUAUGUCCCCCGCAGAAACAUUUCUCUUACGCCUCAUAGUAUGAUCUCAGGUGCCCUGAUUUCUUCUGAGAAUACCCUCAUAGCUCCAGCAAUUCAAAACGCCCCAGCCCUUACCAGGCAGUAUUCAUCCGAUUCAGAGGAAGAUUUUCCUCUUUUGGGAGGUAAACGGAAAAUUAGUGCUUGGAGAAAAUUUCUCUUUGGCCUGGAACCAAUUGACCGUGAAGAAUGGAACAGGAGUAACUUUUUCAAGAAAUGCUUUAUGGUUUGUAAGGUGCCAGCAGUAUUUUUUUUGAAUCUUACCAUACCAGUGGUGGAUUAUGAUGAAGAGGAGCAUAAUUGGAAUAAAUGGCUGAAUGUUUUACAUUGCUUAACAAUGCCUGUGUUUGGUGUCGUGGCUACAAAUAAUUAUAGUCAUAUGAUUAGUGGAAAACUUCCUGCCUGGGCCCUGGCUCUCUGCGCUGGACUGGUUCUAGCUUUGAUUGUUGCUAUGACAACAAAGAGUGAAAAGAGGCCUCGGGGCCAUUCGUUGUUUGCCUAUCUGGCGUUUGUGGUUUCCGUGGUUUGGAUUUACAUCACAGCAAAUGAGAUUGUCAACCUUCUCAAGAUGUUCGGUAUCGUGCUUGGUUUAAGUGAUGCAAUUCUUGGCCUUACUUUUCUUGCAUGGGGAAACAGUUUAGGUGAUUUAAUAUCAAAUACGGCCAUGGCAAAGCAGGGAUUUGGUCAAAUGGCUGUAUCAGCCUGCUUCGCAGGUCCUUUGUUAAAUAUGUUACUAGGUAUUGGUAUACCAUGUACUUACGUCACUGUAACAGAUAGUCAACAUCUGAUACAUUUACAUCACCAAGAUAACCAAUACAUAAUCUCAGCUGCAUUUCUAGCUGCCAGUCUCAGCUCGUCUGCCAUCUGUAUUCCUUUAAUGGGAUUCAGAGUGCCCCGGAUGUAUGGCGCGUAUCUUUUAACACUGUAUCUGGCCUAUUUAGCAGUAUCCGUGGCAACAGCUGUUCAACAUGCUCAUCAUCAGUGACGGCAGAUUAUCAUAUUUCUUAGAGUGACAAUUUAGGUGAUUUUUUUUAAUCGUACCACUUAAGAUAUUUUUGUAUUCGAAUUAAGGGCUCGGUAAAGUUUGGUUAAUGAAUUCUGUCUGACAGGAAAGUUUUUUUAUCUAGGAUAAACGCUUAAGUUUUUUGUCAAACGAGGAAAUGACAUAUCAUGAUGGUAAAACCUCAGGGAACUAUCUUGGAACUUCUGAAGUGGGCCAUGUAAGUUAACGUUUAGGUUCUUCAAGUAUUACAGUAAAGUAUUUGUCAAAAAAAAAAUAUCUCGUGUCUAGAAAACUAAACAUUUCACUAAAUUUGUGUCGGACGGCAGCCUUCAGACUUGUCGUAGGACAAAAGGAAUCGUUUUCAUUCACUUGCUGAUUUUUUAAUUCAAAUGCUUUUACGUUUUAGGAUCCAGAAUCAAAAAAUUAUUCAAUCAUUAUUUAGGUUGUAAUGAAUUUUUAGAACUUUUUUUACCAAAAGGUAAUGUAAAUACGGGUAUUUAAAAUGGCAGGUGCAAAAUUAUAUCAGUGAAUCACUAAUAAAUGUCAAAAGAAAAGAAGAAUAAGUAUGUAUGUUAACUACAGAAAUGAGCACAGCUUUAGUGAUCUCUUCGUGAUCGCCCAAGUGAGGUGGUCAGCGUAAUAUGGUAAAUGUGUGUAGUUUUUUUUUUUUACAAAUAAUAGUUGUUAAAAUGUUGAGAUGAUAAGCUUAAAGUCAGAAUUUUUAAUAUGUACUGGAGAAUUCAGAGGUCUCAAAUAAAUUUUUAUCAGUUUUUGACGAAAUGUAUAUUUUAGUGAUGAUGCCUAAAUGUAAGGAAAAAUUCUAGUUGACUUAUUAAGGGUGAACAAAGUCAGAGAAAGAUGUUAUUAAACAAAUUAUAAUACUGAUUAAAUAACGUUCUUAAAGAA